CCGUGUAGACGUCGCACGCACGAGCCAUGAAUUGAGCUCGCGUUCGCUCGUGCCGCGUCGUCGUUUUACCUUUUUUUUUUAAUUUUAUCCCGUUGCGCGCGCGCACAUUUUUUUUUAUUUCACCCUACGUCCUCACGCGCGGGACUCGCGAGUUCUUCGAACGGGAAAAAUCUUGGAGGGAAGUGCCGCGGAGAUUUUAGAUCUAGAGGAUACGCGUAAAACAUAUAUUUGCGUGCAAAGUGCGUGCAACCUCUGGUGACUCCUCUCUCUCUUUCUUCCUCCCUUCCUCCCUCUCUCUCUCUCUCUUGGAAGGAGCGCGGGUGAAAGAGAGCGAAGGAUAAAGAGAAGUGCAGAAGACGAGAAGACAAAAGGGGGGAAAAAAGGAGGGAAAGGGGGAGAGGGACAGCGGCGUGCGAUGGCUGUGCGGCCGCGCAUCGGCCCUUCCGGUGGUGAACGCGCUUCCGGAGGUGCCGGCAACCACCUCGCCGGGAUACCCACCGUGCGAUGGACCGCCAGGAGCACGCUCGUCGUCGCCGCCGCGGCGUUCGCCGUCCUCCUCGGCGUCGCCGACGUCGUGGCCAUCCGAUCGGGCGAUGGCUGCGGGAAUAACAUGUUCAGGUGCAACGAUGGCAAAUGUAUACAGUCGAUUCUGGUGUGCGAUUAUCGCGGAGACUGCGACGACAACAGCGAUGAAAUGCAGUCGUGUCCACCGCCCGACUGCGAGAUCGGCCAGAUCACGUGUGGCCAGUACAGCUUCAACAAGACGUACUGUAUACCGCCGCACCAACGGUGCGAUAUGACCGUCGAUUGCGUCGACGGCACUGAUGAAGACGGCUGCACAUACAGGAAGUGCCAGCCGGAUGACUUCAGGUGCGUUGGGACCACGCCGGAACUUUGCAUACCCAAAGAAAAGAAGUGCGACGGUUACCUGGACUGCCGGAACGGCAGGGACGAGGAGAGAUGCGAAAAUAAUAUGAAGCCGGCCUGCCGAUUGGAUCAAUUCAGGUGCAACACCACGCAACGCUGCGUCGAGCAGAGCGCGAGGUGCAAUCAUUGGGACGAUUGCGGUGACAACAGCGACGAGGAACACUGCAGUUUCCCACCUUGCACCAGUGAUCAGUUCCGAUGCGCCAAUGCGCUCUGCAUUCCCAUAGCAUAUCAAUGCGAUGGUUAUAAAGACUGCCAGGAUGGUUCCGACGAGAAGUCCUGCACAAUGACAGUCUGCCCAGGAAACAAAUUCAUGUGUCCGAAAGGUACACCAGAUGGAAAGCCAUUAUGCAUCAAUCGAUCUCAGUUGUGCGAUGAAAAACAUGAUUGCGAGGACGGGGCGGACGAGGAGGCGGCAUGUUCGACGAGCAUGUGCGGCUUACUUGGUUGCCAACAUAAAUGUCAAGCAUCUCCGGCCGGAGGGACUUGCUACUGCCCGGAGGGAAGAGUCCUCGCCAAUGAUUCGCGGACCUGCAUUGAUCGAGACGAGUGCUCCGAGUGGGGCUUCUGCGAGCAGCUGUGCGAGAACAAUGACGGCUGGUACACGUGUCACUGCGCGCCCGGCUAUAUUCUUCACGGGCAAAACAAAUGUCGCGCCCAGAACAUUUCCGCCCUGGAGCUCCUGCUCGCGCAGGAUCGCGCGAUAUGGCGAUUGAGCGCGACCGGCGAGGAUCGAAAGAUAAUCGCCAACACCACCGGCGCGAGCGGGGUGGAUUACCUGUACUCGCGAAAUCUCCUCUUCUGGAGCGACAUGAAGACGCGGAAGGUUCACUCGGAAUCCCUCAACCCCGGUAGCGACACGCCGGCCAAGGUGGACAUCAGUAUGGCGGGCUCAUGGGGACCCGUGUCCAUCGCGAUAGACUGGAUCGGCGACAAACUCUACGUGGCGGAUUCCAUCGUGCAAAAGGUAGACGUGUUCGAGCUGGACGGACGUUACCACGGGAUCGUGGUGAGCUCGAAUCUCACCAGCCCGACCGACAUCGCGCUGGACCCCACGAGGGGCCUCAUGUUCAUCGCCGACAGCAAGCAGGUCCUGCGCACCAACAUGGACGGUACCAACGCGUUCCCCGUCGUCUCCGAGGCAGCCUAUAAAGUCUCCGGCGUGGCCGCUGACAUCAUUGCCAAGAGAAUCUACUGGUGCGACUCUCUGUUGGAUUACAUCGAAACUGCAGACUACAGAGGUCACAACAGAGUAAUGAUUCUCAGAGGUUCUCAAGUGCCAUCCGCAAUCAGACUCACUCUCUUCGAGAACAGGAUAUUCUGGACGGACGCCACCAAGCAGGCCGUCAUGAGCGUCGAUAAGACUCAAGGAGAUUAUUCCAUCCAAAGUGUAUUUAAGGUACGCGACGCCAAAGCUAUAAAAGCCUUGCAUCCACUCUCGCAACCUAGCGUCUCCAAUCCCUGCGGCAAUAAUAACGGCGGCUGUCAGCACAUGUGCAUCGUCACGGCCUCCAGCGAUCAAAACAAUCGAUUAGGCUAUCGCUGUGCUUGCCACAUUGGAUGGCGAUUGGCAUACGACAUGAGGAACUGCAACUUGGUGCAGGAGUUCCUCAUGUAUUCGCAGCAGAGGUUCAUUAAAGGCCGCGUGCUCAAUCCCGUGAUGGAAGGCUUUAACGAUGCUAUCCUGCCGGUGGUGUCCAGACGGGCACGAUUCGUUGGAUUGGACUACGACGCGCACGACCAGUACAUCUAUUACAGCGAUGUUCUUCAGGACGUCAUAUACAGAGUACACCAGAACGCGACCGGACGCGAAAUCGUCCUGGCUAGUCAAAAUGAGGGGGUGGAAGGACUUGCGGUCGAUUGGGCCGCGAAGAACUUGUACUACAUUGAUUCACGUAAAGGCACGCUAAAUGUGCUCAGCACUCGGAAUGUCACGUAUCGGCGAACACUAUUGAAAAAUCUGAAGCGUCCUCGCGCGAUCGUAAUCCAUCCGAAUCAAGGUUACAUCUUCUUCUCGGAAUGGGACCGUCCGGCCAACAUCAGCAGAGCUCACGCUGACGGCUCCAGCUUGGUCGUCUUCAAAAAUCUGACUCUGGGCUGGCCAAACGGACUGGCGAUCGACUUCAAUAAAGAUCGAUUGUACUGGUGUGACGCUCUUCUGGAUCACGUGCAGCAUUCGAAUCUAGACGGUACGGAUGUGCAAACGGUGAACUCCAGACUAAUCCGACAUCCGUUUUCCAUCGCUAUCCACGAGACUUGGAUGUACAUCACCGACUGGCGUCUCGACGCCAUUAUUCGGCUGCACAAAGAAACCGGCGAGCACGAAGUUAUCUUGGUCCGUGAGCCCGCUACCAACAGACUUUACGGCGUGAAGGUCUUCAGUCGUGACAUCCAGAAGAUGACGAGUGCCCACCCUUGUAACAUUAAUAACGGCGGUUGCGAGAAACUUUGCUUUGCUAUUCCGGAUAACUCUUCGCGCUCUGACGCUAUCACGUUCCCUGGCUCGCAACACAGGCCGAAACUCACUAGUGUAUGCGGAUGUCCUUAUGGAGAACGCCUUCAGAGCAAUGGCAGGAGUUGCGCAGCGGAUCCGGACGGGGAACCGCCUCUGCAAGCGUGUCCACAUACUUGGGAUUUCACUUGCGCGAACCAGAGAUGUGUCCCGAAAUCCUGGGUGUGCGACGGCGAGAACGACUGCCUCGACAACAGUGACGAGAUGCAAAACUGCACAAAACCGACGUGCAGCGCGAACGAGUUCCAAUGCAAGUCCGGUCGUUGCGUACCGAUGACGUUCCACUGCGAUUCCGAGAACGAUUGUGGCGAUUACAGCGACGAGAUGGGCUGCCCGAAUGUGACUUGUAGCGCUAAUCAAUUCGCCUGCGCUAAUAAUCGCUGCAUCCCCGCAACUUGGAAAUGCGAUUCCGAGAACGACUGCGGCGACAGCUCCGACGAAGGCGAGUUCUGCGCAGCUAAAACUUGCUCGUACUUCCAGUUCACGUGCCCACGCUCCGGCCACUGUAUACCGCAGUCUUGGGUGUGCGACGGCGACAGCGACUGCUUCGACCAACAGGACGAGAUGGAUUGCCCACCGGUCACCUGUCUCAGUACGCAAUUCACGUGCGCGGAUCAGAAGAUGUGCGUUUUAGCGUCGUAUAAGUGCGACGGCAUUAGUGAUUGCAAUGAUGGAUCGGACGAAGUGGGUUGCCCGUCGCUGGCGCCAGAUCAGUGUAACACCGACAAGCAAUUCCAGUGUGUUAGUUCAGCUAUCUGUAUUCCGAGAAGCUGGUACUGCGACGGUACCGCCGAUUGCCCGGACAAGUCUGACGAGCCGGAAUCGUGCGGAAAGGUCGACUGUCAGACUGGAUUUUUCAGGUGCCGGAACGAGAGAUGUGUAUUUAAGGCGUAUAUCUGUGAUGGAAAAGACGAUUGUGGAGAUAACUCCGACGAAGACACCGAGUUGCACGCAUGCGGUCCUCCUACGUUCAAGUGCGAAUCCCAGCAAUGGAGGUGUCCGAAUGUAACGAAUCGUUGCGUAAAUACGACCAGCGUAUGCGACGGCAAGCCAGAUUGUCCCAAUGGCGCGGACGAGGGACCCGGUUGUGAUCUCGCCGAAUGCACCCAUCAGGGCGGAUUGUGUACCAACGGUUGUAUUCAAACACCACUCGGUGAGCAAUGCACCUGUCCGGCUGGCGAGGAGCUCACCAGCGACGGCUUUACAUGUCAGGACAUGAACGAGUGCGAGCCGCAAGGCAGAUGUUCGCAGGUCUGCGUGAACACGAAGGGCGGCUACUACUGCAGCUGCGUGGAUGGUUACACAUUAGACACCGAUAAACACACGUGCAAGGCGUUCAAUCACAGCGCCGCGUUCUUGAUUAUCUCAAACAGGCAUACCAUUCUGGUGGCGGAUCUUCAAGAUCAAGCGCUGGAACGUGUUCCCAUCAACGUAGAGAACGUCGUGGCGACUGCCAGCAAUAUGCACACAGGCACUAUUUUCUGGUCGGACAUGAAGUUGAAGCGAAUCUCGCGAUUAGAUCGCGGUAGUGAUCCUCAAGACGUAAUGAGUACCGGUUUAGAUCUGGUGGAAGGUCUAGCCUACGACUGGAUCGGUCAGAAUCUGUAUUGGUUAGACUCAAAGCUGAAUACAAUCGAAGUGGCUAAGGAGACUGGAGCUGGAAGAAUGAUUCUUGUCAAGGAGAAUAUUACGCAGCCACGUGGAAUGUGUUUGGAUCCCAGUCCAGGUGCAAGAUGGCUCUUCUGGACCGAUUGGGGUGAAAACCCUAGAAUCGAAAGAAUUGGUAUGGACGGCACCAAUCGAUCGACCAUCAUCAGCACAAAGAUUUACUGGCCUAACGGUCUAGCGCUCGAUAUCGCAAAUCGCAGAAUAUAUUUCGCGGACAGCAAGUUAGACUUCAUUGACACUUGUCUGUACGAUGGCAGCAAGAGACUACAGGUUCUAGCCAGUUCGCACUAUCUUCUGCAUCCUCAUUCCCUCACUCUUUUUGAGGACACUAUGUAUUGGACCGAUAGACAGCUCAAUCGAGUACUCUCCGCACACAAGUUUAAGGGCUCCAAUCAAACGGUGGUGUCGCAUCUAAUUUCCCAGCCGCUCUCCAUACACGUACAUCAUCCAGUGCUACAACCGAUCACUCCGAAUCCUUGUGCUAACACAUCCUGUGAACAUCUAUGCCUUCUGUCGCCUAGUAAUCCGAAGGGAUACAGUUGUAAAUGCCAAGUUGGAUUUAAAUUGCUACCUGACGGACGCUGCAUGGAAGAAGAGACACCAUAUUUAAUGGUUCUUCGGAGUUCUCAGAUCGUUGACGUUUCUUUGACGCCUAAAGAAACCAAGACUGGAUACAUCACGCCUAUCGUAGGUGUGGAAGGCGGAAGAUUUAUCGAAUAUGAUAGAAGAGAUCGUAUUAUUUACUGGCUGCAAGGCAAAGAUAACGACCACGAAAAUGGCACGAUUUAUGGCAUUCCUUACAACGGUGGCAACCGGACAGAGUUUCCAAAUCCAUCCGGCGAUAGUGGUGUUGUCGGUUCACCAUCUACUAUGGCGCUGGACUGGCUUGGACGCAACAUGUUUAUUGGCAACAAAUUCGCGUCCAAUAUCGAAGCUAUUAAAUUGGAUGGCAAGACGCGAUUCCGCACAAUCGUUUUAUCAAACGAUGGAAAUCGUACAUCAGUUUCCAAACCGAAGGCGAUGUGCGUGGACCCUAUUGACGGACAAAUAUUUUGGGUGGAUGACGGAGGUUUUGGAGUACCUCAGAAGAUCGGACGGGUGAAUAUGGACGGCACUAAUCCGCUGGUCCUCGCAGAGAACAUAGAACGUCCUGAAGCAAUUACCAUCGAUAUACCUAGCAAGACGCUAUACUUCUCCUGCCAGAAUCCGGCCUUUAUCAAAGCCAUGUCGACAGACGGUCUAAAUGUCCGCACCAUUCUCACUGCUGCAAACAACAUGGCUUUGCCUAAGGCGAUAGCUGUCCAUGAGUCUCGUCUGUACUACUUGGACCCGCUUUAUGACAAAAUCGAACGUGUUGAUCUGCCUAACGGCGACAAUCCAACCACUAUCAUUGACAACGACUCUGAGCUUCGUACUCUGACCAUUUAUAAAAAACGUGCGACCGGAUCUCAUCCUUGUCUUAUAAACAACGGUGAAUGCGAGCAGCUUUGCCUGCCUGCAUCUGGAGGCACGCGCGUUUGUGCUUGCGGAAUGGAAUAUAAAAAGGUCACGGAAACCAGAUGCGAGCCUUACAAGACUUUCGCCGUGGUAACUCAGCUAGAUGUUGCCCGGGGUUACAGUCUCAAGGACUCCAAGGAAGCCAUGGUACCCAUUACUGGAACUGGUCAUCAUAUCCUCCAUGUUGAUGUACAUUACGCGGGCAACUGGAUAUAUUGGGUGGAAUUUAAUCGAGGCAUCUGGAAUGGUAUCUUCAGAAUACGACCAAACGGCACGGAAUUGCAACAGGUAGUCAAACAAGGAAUUGGUUCCAAUGGAAUUCGUGGUCUAGCCGUAGAUUGGAUAGCAGGGAACUUAUACUUCGCUAAUAUCUUCCCGCAUGACAACUACGUGGAGGUCUGCUGGUUAGACGGUUCCAACCGAAAGGUGCUCGUGAAAACGACGACAGACGCUCCUCGGGAGCUGGCCGUGAAUCCUAUCAAACGAUACUUGUAUUGGAUCGAUUACGGACAAUAUCCUCGAAUAGGCAAGGCCUUCCUCGACGGUAGCAAUUGGUCUCCCAUUGUAACAUCCGGCAUUAGCACACCGCGCGAUUUAACGAUCGAUCUUGCAACGCACGAUGUUUAUUGGGUGGACUCGAAAUUGGACACAAUCCAGAAAGUCUCCUACACGGGUGGAAACCGAGAGAUUAUCCGUAGGAAUCUGCCAAAUCCAAUGGGCGUUGCCAUUUUCGGCGGAGACGUCUACUGGGUGGAUCGAAAUCUGGCCACCGUCUUUAAGGCGAGCAAACUGAAGGGCAAUACCAGUCUUCCCAUUCCCGUCAGAACAAAUCUGCAAAAGCUCAGGGACAUUGCUAUCUUCGACCAAAACAGUCAGCCACCGGAUAUCACAAAUCCUUGCUCGCAGACAACGAAUGGCGGAUGCUCUCAACUAUGCUUCGCCUUCCCGAAGGACCAUACUAAAACGUUCACCUGUGACUGCGCCGUGGGAAAACUCUCUUCCGACGGUCGCAACUGUGAAAACGUCGAAGAAUAUCUAGUAUUCGCCACGCGAACUGAGAUUCGCGCAAUUAAUAUAGAUCCGCACAACACUAACGUGCCCUUCGCCCCUGUCGGAAAUCUAACGAAUGUAGUCGGAGUGGACUUUGAUUAUCAGGACAAGAAGCUGCUGUUCACGCAGAUUCGUCCUUGGGCGAAGAUCGCGUGGACGCCGUCAGAUCGGCCGUCCUCCUCCGAUCUGCACACGCUGAUCAGUAAAGGAAUUAAUCCCGAAGGCAUUUCAUACGACUGGACUCAGAAGAAGGUAUAUUGGACGGAUUCGUCUAACAAUAGCAUCUACGCAAUGGACAUUGACGGGUCUAACUUGGUGAUGAUUGCCCGCGUGGAUCGUCCACGCGCCAUCGUCGUCGAUCCCUGCAACGGUUCGCUCUACUUCACGGACUGGGGUCGUUUUGGAACAUCCGGAAAGAUUUUCAAGACGACCAUGGCGGGAUCGCUGAAACGCGCCAUUAUCGACAAAGAUCUCUCGCAACCCAGUGGUCUAGCGAUCGAUUACGACGAUCGUAUGCUAUACUGGACCGAUGCCGUGCGCGAGAAGAUCGAGCGGUCUGAUCUCGAAGGGGGGUACAGAGAAGUUCUGGUUAGCGCUACCAUCUAUCCCUUCGCUAUCACCGUCUUCAGAGAGCACAUCUAUUGGACGGAUCUCCAGCUUCGUGGAGUUUACCGAGCGGAGAAGCACACCGGGGCCGACAAGAUCGAGCUGGUGAAACGACUGGAGGACUCGCCGCGAGACCUUCACGUCUUCUCCGCGGCUAGACAGCAAUGUACCGUUAAUCCUUGCAACAUCAAUAACGGCGGCUGUGACGAAUCCUGUCACCCGGGCCACAACGGGUCCGCGGAGUGCAAAUGCGGUGAUAACAGCAGGCUGGUGAACGAAGACAGAAUGUGCGUGCCAAAGAACGUCACUUGCGAUGCGAACAAGUUUGCUUGUAGAAACGGCAGAUGCAUCUCCAGAAUGUGGGCUUGCGAUGGCGAUGAUGACUGCGGCGACAGCACCGACGAGGACACCAGUUACUGCUCUUAUCACUCGUGCAGCCCGAACGAGUUCCGCUGCAACAACGGCCGAUGCAUCUUUAAAACAUGGAAGUGCGAUCACGAAAACGAUUGUCGGGACGGCAGCGACGAGGAAGGCUGCGUUUAUCCACCGUGCGCGCAAGGAGAAUUCACUUGCGCCAACCACCGCUGUAUCCCUCAAUCUCAAGUGUGCAACGGCAUCAAUGAUUGCAAGGACAAUGUUACCUCUGACGAGACGCAUGAGCGAUGCCCUCGCAACACUACGUGCCCGUUGAAUCAUCUCAAGUGUGAAAAGACGAACAUCUGCGUGGAGCCCUACUGGCUCUGCGACGGCGACAACGAUUGCGGCGACAAUAGCGAUGAGAAUCCGAUUCAUUGCGCUCAGAGGACCUGCCCUCAGAACAGCUUCCGAUGUCCCAAUCACAGGUGUAUUCCGGCCACUUGGUACUGUGACGGAGACGAUGACUGUCUAGACGGAAGCGACGAACCUCCCGGUUACUGCCAGUCCGAAGGUAGGACGUGCUUCGGCGAUCUGUUCACGUGCGACAACGGCAACUGCAUUCCUAGAAUUUACAUUUGUGACGGAGACAACGAUUGUCUGGAUAACUCUGACGAAGACGUGCGUCAUCAGUGCAAUGACAGAAAGUGCGACGAAGAAACCGAGUUCACUUGCACCGCAAACAAAAUGUGGAAUCGCGCCCAGUGCAUCCCGAAGAAGUGGCUGUGCGACGGGGAUCCGGACUGCGUUGACGGGGCCGAUGAGAACGUGACUCUGCACCACUGUCCAGCGCCAACCCCUUGCGCCGACAACCAGUUUACGUGCAACAACGGACGGUGCCUGAACCGCAACUGGUUGUGUGAUCACGAUAACGACUGCGGCGACGGUAGCGACGAGGGCAAGUUCUGUAACAUCCAGUAUAAGGCUUGCAACAGUCAGGAGUUUACUUGUCAGAACUUCAAGUGCAUACGCAAGCAGUUCCGCUGUGACGGCCAGGACGAUUGCGGCGAUCAUUCGGACGAAGUAGGAUGUCCGUCUAAAGGAAAGAAUACGACAUGCCCGAAUCCGAAGGACUUCAUGUGCGCGAACGGCAACUGCAUUGACUCGCAGUUGGUGUGCAACAAAGAACCAGACUGCACCGACGAGAGCGACGAGCCGCUGCACUGCAACGUGGACGAGUGCGCCCGUGUCGAGCUGAAUCAGUGCGGCCACAAAUGCGUGGACACGCCGACCAGCUUCUACUGCGAGUGCAACCCCGGCUACAAACUGCUGGCCGACGGCAAGGCCUGCGACGACAUUGACGAGUGCAUCGAGACGCCCCAGGUGUGCAGCCAGCAAUGCGAGAACACGCCCGGCGGCUACUAUUGCAAGUGCAACGAGCGCUGGUACGAGAGGGAGGCCGACGAGCACACGUGCAAGCGAAGGGACAACAUUCAGCCGUGGAUUAUAUUCACGAACAAGUAUUACGUCAGGAACAUGUCGAUCGACGCGUCCAACUACAGCCUGAUGCAUCAGGAUCUGAUCAACGUCGUUGCGCUUGACGCGGAUUACAGCCAGCAGAUGCUGUACUUCUGCGACGUCACCGCGAAGACAAUAUAUAGAGCACCGGUGAACGGCGGCGAGAAGGAACCAAUCAUCCGUCACGACAGUCUGGGUCUCGAGGGUAUCGCUAUAGAUUGGGUUGGUCGAAAAUUGUAUUGGUUGGAUCGUCACGCGAAACACUUGGAUGUCGCCGAACUUGAUGGCACGAACAGGAAGACCUUGCAGAGCGGAAUUGCAGACCCACGCGCGAUCGCGGUCCAUCCCGGUGCCGGAUACCUGUACUUUACGUCUUGGAACCUUCAGGCGUAUAUCGGUAAGAUGGGCAUGGACGGUAGCAACUUCACUCGAAUUCUGACGUGGGAGGACGACAUCGCCUGGCCGAACGCCUUGACGAUCGAUUACUUCACCGAUCGGAUCUUCUGGGCCGACGCUCAUCUGGAUUACAUCGCCUUCGCCGACCUCGACGGCCACAAUCGGCGGAUCGUCCUGUCCGGCGCCUCGGUGCCGCACGUGUUCGCCAUCACUGUGUUCGAUGACUUCAUUUACUGGACCGAUUGGAAUCUAAAGGCGAUCAGCAGGGCGGAGAAGUUCUCCGGCGCGCGUCUGCAGGUGCUGCGCAACACCACCCAUCGGCCCUACGACAUCCACGCCUAUCAUCCCCUUCGGCAGUUGCCCUACAACAAUCCCUGCGCGGAAAACAACGGCGGUUGCUCGCAUCUCUGCCUCAUUGCGCCGCCCGCCAGCUCGUACUUGCUCGAAGGAUAUGGUCAGCCUGGGGUCACCUCCUACAAGUGCAAGUGCCCGAAUCAGUUCAUUCUGGACAAGGAUGGCAAGACAUGCAUAGCGAACUGUACCGCGGGUCAGCAUCGUUGCGGACCACCCGACGAGAAGUGCAUCCCUUGGUAUUGGAGAUGCGACGGAGAGAAGGAUUGCAAGGACGGUUCUGACGAGUCGUCGAGUUGCCCGACGAGGAUUUGCCGGCCAAGCAUGUUCCAAUGCGCGAACAAAAAUUGUACGCCGAGCGUGACGAUUUGCGACGGGAUUGACGAUUGCGGUGACAAGAGUGACGAAGCUAAGUGCGCGCUCGAAUGCGGGGAGCUCGAGUUUAAAUGUAAGUCUAACGGCCGCUGCGUGCACGACUCCUGGAAAUGCGAUGGAGAUGCUGAUUGUAAAGACGGCAGCGACGAAGAUCCUGCCAUUUGUCACAACCGCGCCUGUGACCCGAGCACCGAGUUUAGCUGCAAGAACGGCAAGUGUAUUCCUAAGUUGUGGAUGUGCGAUUCUGACAACGACUGCGGCGACGAUAGCGACGAGCCGGCGUACAUGUGUCGGCAAAAGAACUGCACGACCGGGUGGCAGCGAUGUCCAGGACACGCGAACUACCGGUGUAUCCCGAAGUGGCUGUUCUGCGACGGCAAGGACGAUUGCCGCGACGGUUCCGACGAGCGUCCAGAGAACUGUCCCAAGUGCGACCCCAACAUGGACUUUAGGUGCGCUAACAACCGCUGCGUGCCGAAGCAGUGGCUGUGUGACUUCGCCGAUGAUUGCGGGGAUGGUAGCGACGAGGCAGACACGAUGUGCAAAGACAAGUACCGCCAAUGCUCCGAGUCCGAAUUCAAGUGCACGAACGGUAAGUGCAUUGCGUCUAGAUGGAGAUGCGACAGCGAGGACGACUGCGGGGACAAUAGCGACGAGGAGCAGUGCCAUCAGUGGGUGUGCAAGAACGACAGCUUCCAAUGCGCGAGCGGUCAUUGCAUCGCGUCGUAUCUUCGUUGCGACGGAGCGCGAGAUUGUCGCGACAUGAGCGACGAGAUCAACUGCCCAGCGAGAUACCCUGACGGAAGGUACUGCCCGCAAUCGCGAUUCCAAUGCAACAACAACCUCUGCGUCUCGCUGAACGACAUCUGCGACGGCACCGAUGACUGCGGUGACAAUUCUGACGAGAGUCCCACCAUGUGCGCGAACUUUCAGUGUGACACGCACAGACGGUUCCAGUGCGCCAACCACAAGUGCAUCGCCAGGUAUCAGUUGUGCGAUGGAAUCGACAACUGCGGCGACGGUUCCGACGAGAACAAUAUGACGAUGUGUGUGAAGCAGACUCGUCCGUGCGACCCGAUAACCGAGUACACCUGUGCGAACAAGAAGUGCAUCGACCAUCUGAAACUCUGCGAUCUCGGGGAUGAUUGCGGGGAUCUGUCGGACGAGUUGGGAUGCCAUCACAGUCACCAUUGCACGGACAAUGACCGCGGCGGUUGCGCACACGAGUGCCACAAUCUCGUUGACGGCGGCUACAUCUGCACCUGCUAUCCCGGUUACAUAAUCUCACCGGACAACCGGAAGCACUGCGUGGACGUCGACGAGUGCCAAACCGGGGCUCACCAAUGCUCUCACAUCUGCACGAACUUGAACGGCACGUACGCCUGCUCUUGUCGGCAAGGUUUCCAAUUGUCGGACAGACACAGUGGUGUGUGCCGUGCCGAAAAGGAUGACGUUGUAGUGCUGUUCGCCAACGGACCCGAACUCCGAGCCUACGAUCUGCACAGCAGAGAAGAGAUGGACGUGAUAGACAACGAGAAGAGGGUGCAGGCUGUCGAUUUUGAUCCCAAGACGGAAUACGUUUUCUGGAUUGACUCGUACGACAACACCAUUAAGCGGUCGUACAUGGUGAACGCCAAAGAAGGCGAAGCGAAAAUUGGACACGCGCAGGACCUCAAUAUGAAGACUGACUCGAGGCCAACGAGCUUAGCGGUGGAUUGGAUCUCCGGUAAUUUGUAUUGGAGCGAAAUUGAUCAAUCAGGAACCACUCCUCGCGGCCAAAUUAUGAUGUCUAAAUCAGACGGCAGGUAUCGACGUAGCAUAGUUACAACGAAUCUCGAACAACCAACAGCAGUGGUCGUGGAUCCCGAGCGAGGGGAGGUAGUAUGGGCCGAUUCGGGUAAUCAGCCAAAGAUCGAGAUAGCCUGGAUGGACGGGGCUAGACGCAAAUCACUCGUGACCGAACGAAUAGCCAGUCCUUCGUCGCUUACCAUCGACUACGCUAUGGAGCACACGCUUUACUGGUCCGACAGCAAGUUGGAUACCAUUGAGGCGAUCAGUUUGGCCGGUAACAACAGGAGAAUCGUUUUGAAAGGCAGACCGCUCAAGAGUCCAAUAGCGCUGGAUGUUUUCGAGAACAAUCUUUAUUGGACCACCAAGCAAACGGGUGAACUUAUUCGACAGGAUAAAUUUGGCCGAGGAGUUCCGCAGACCAUCGUCAAGAAUCUCCCUAGUCCCGGAGGCGUCAAGGUCUAUCAUCAGCUGAGAUACAAUACCAGCCUGAGAAAUCCAUGCCAUGACGAUCAGUGCACUCAUCUGUGCGUAACGAUUCCCGGCGGGCACCGUUGUCUAUGCUCGGACAGCGUCGGCCUCUUCCAGCGUCUGAUGAAGGACGACGAGAGGCAUUGCGACGCUACAAACGAAAGGCCUCUCCCAGAUCCCCUGAUAUGUCGCUGCCAGAACGGCGGGCGGUGUCAAGAGUUGGACGACAAGCUGGCGUGUAAUUGUCGCGAGGAAUUCCAUGGCGAAUUCUGCGAAACCGCGGCGGUCGCCGCUCGUGCGGGCGGAUCCACCGCUGCUAUAGUUAUUCCCAUAGUCAUAUGCCUGCUGGUGUUGUUCUGUGUCGCCGCGAUCUUCAUGGUUCUCAAGAAGCGACCAUUUGGCAAGCCCGGUGGCCUCGGCAGUCUCACAGGCGCUCAAAGUGUUUCCUUCCGCCAAGGCAGCAAUGUAGAGUUUGGUGCAGAAGCUCACGAGAGAAUGGAACCUCUCGACGUGGAGUAUAACUUGAACGAUGUUAGCAAUAAGAACCGAGACUUCAGUAAUCCGAUGUACGACGCGGUGAAUAUGGAGAGCGGCACGACGAACGGCACCGGCACCGGCAGUAUGUACGAGAUGCCGGCGGAGAUGAAGCCCUCCAGCAUACAGCACAAGGAGCCGCCGCAGCUGCAUCUGAAGAGGAGAGAACUGGACCCGACGCCCAUCGACUCGGGGAAGGAUACUCAACAGCUGGUCGAGGAGGACAAGUCCGAGUGCUAGGGACUAUCAUUCCAAUUUAGGAAUUCCUUUAGAUCUGUUGUGCAUCGAACUUGAAACAAGCAUGGUGGAGAUAUUUCACGAGUCUGCGAAGAAUACAUAGGGACACAAACGUAAAUUAGUUUACCAGUUUUUACGUAAACAGUGCGGAUCACUUCGCAACUGCUCGUGUACGUUAUUUAUUAAGCUAUUCGCCGAGAUGUUUUUAACGUGUGACGGAUUGAUUAAAUGUUCUACUUUAUCUAGUGAUCCGCGGAUAUGAGAAUAUCGGGAUCUCUGGAUUUCUCUGGAGAAAGAGAGGAUAUAAAUUGUUAUAGAGAGAGAGAGAGAGAGAAAGAAAGAAAGAGAGUUUUAGACGCAUGGGUUUCUAUAAAAGUUUCGACAGUAAAAUGGAUCUUCAGAUUUGAAGAUCUCUACAUUGUGCAUUCCUCUUCUCUCUUUUUAAUGGAUAAAAGAAAAUUUAGGGAUGGAUCCUCGGAUAUUUUUGACGAAAGAGAUAUUGCGUAGUAAAUCAUAAGUCUACAACUUCGCGUGUCCUUGUAUCUAAGAGCCUCGAUGUGUUUAGGUUUUCAAUUUUCCGCAUCCUCCAGACCUAUGAGAAUCUCUGACCACGGAUUCUCAUAAAUCUCCAGAUUCCUCGAGCCAGGAAUUGUGAACUGGCUUUAGGAUCUUGAAAUUUCGGAGAGUAACGGCACGGCCGUCAGACGAAUCGAUAGCAUCGAUUUCACGGGGGGAGAAUAGGGCGAGAGCGAAUUGCAAUAGGCACUGACUGUGUCAUUUUUUACUAGGUGUGUGAUUUGUAAGUCUUGUAAAUAUAAUUGCUAACAAAGUAUAAUGUUCAUGUUAUCCGUGUACCAUAAAAGACGCAACACAUUCCAUUCUUUCUCGAGGUUGCUGCUUGAAGUGUUAACGAUAACGCGGGACACUUCCAAUAGCUAGGAUGUGUAUGUAUAUGUGUGUGUAUGCGUGCACGUGCGCGUGGUGCUCGAAUUGGUACGCUUGAUCCUUAAACAAUCCUUCGGAACAUCUGCCAUGACAUCUCCGUGCGAUUUUUAAUUAUUUUACAACUUGUAAUGAAAAACGGCGAAAUUAUGCUGCGAAAGAGAACAAUUUAUUACCAUUUUACACUUUUGGGGACUCGAUAAAACUUGUAAAAUUUGAUAACUUCAGUAAUUCAAACAUGUCUUGCUUGUUUUUUACUGUACAAUUUGAGCACUUAGUGCACGCGUGAAAUUUAUUCUCAACUACAACAUGGACGGGAUCAAAUUUAACUUCGAUAGAGAUUUAUAAAGCUCAAAGGUAUUGACUAGUACCUUUUAUUAUUUAGCUUAAUUCAAUAUCCCCAUUAUGUUUUUUUCCCUUUGUGUAUUAUAAAAUAUAAAGCGAUGAGAGAUCUAAUAUUACCUCUAUAACAGCCGAUGACUUUGAUGAAAGUUCAAUGGCGAAUAAUGUUCUCGGGGUUGAAAAUGAUCCCGCUACAGCAGUCACGAAACUGAGCUACAGUAGUUGAGCGUCAAUGAUGCACGUACGUCCGUUCAAAAAGCUGUAUUCUUAGCGGAGUAUUUUUGUAAGGCGUGGCGUUAUAUAGUUUUUCAUGUUGAAAAGUGGCCUUUUCCUUGUUACGAUAAGUAGAGGCGCGCGAGCUCAGGAGGAGCGAGAUAUAGAUGUUUUCACACAUGAGCGUUAUUAAAUGUUAUUCUUGUGAAUGUUAUUACAGAGCACAAUCGAUUUUUACGAACAGAAAGAAACAUCCCUUGCGCGGUGAACAUUGUGCUUUCGCAAGGAACAUUCGCCCGGCCGACCAUCAUUGUACAUUUUUUCUAGAUUAUGUGAGGUACUCCUCCUGCAAAAGAUGGCUGAAUUAAAAGGAAUCGACGAGAAUUUAUUCUGCAAGAUUAACUGCCUAAGCUUCGAAAUCAGAGAUUUAUUUCGACAGUUUUGCAUACCUUCCUAUUUCUUUCCACUUGUUCCCAACACUGAACAGAGUUAGCACUGUUUAGCGUUUUCUUAUAACGAUACUGUAUCUUUCGUAAAAAUGGCGAACGACAAACAAAACCAAAAUAAUCUCCAUGUAUUUCAAUCUGCAUUAAAAUAUUAAUUUUUUUAAAUUCUUGAUUAAUGGACGACAUAAUUGAGCUAAUUGCUAGUAUCAAUUAUUUCAAGUCUCAAUGAACGUCUGUUAAUUCCUUUUAAUGUAUACAUUUUUUGCAGGGUCAGUAAGCGUAAUUCUUCUUCUUCCGCAGAAACUAUGAUUACAAUAUCCUUGUAUACUGAUAAUUUAUUGCAACAACUUUCAAGUCCUACGAGAGAAAAAUAAAUUCCUUAAAUUAAAUCCUUAGGACUUAUAAUUUCUUUCAUCUCGACAACAUUAUAGUUUCGAAAUAAGAUGUCCUUUAAUUCUGUAAAUAUUAGAUAGAAUUUAAAACGUGUAGAUUCUGAAGAGAGAGAAGAGACGCUCUCGGAAAAAAUAAUUAAUCAAGAAUACAAGGAUAUAUAUUUAAUUUAUAUCUCGGUAAAGAGAUAUUGAGGGAUCAACGUAAGCACGUUGUACAUAUACACGUUUCGCGAGAACUAAGGAAGAGAAUUAUCAACGCUGACCCACCCUCCACACAGAUUAUUAUACAUAAAAGAGUAUAUAAAUAAAUAAAUAAAUAUAUAUAUUUUUCUGUUGCAAUCGACUUUGACCUGGGCAGGGCUCCAGAGUGUCCUAAAUAUUACGAUGUAUCAGUAUUUUGUGUAUUUUUUUAUCGAGUUGACAGAACAACAAUUGUUAAUAUAUUGUGCAAAAAUCGAACAGAUACCGUCCAAGAAUAAAUUGUAAAAUUGACAAUCCAGUUUUCCCUAUGCUCAUGCAAUAUAUAUAUCAAAUGCA